AGAACCCUUUUAUAGAACCCUAGCUAGCCGCCGCCCUCCCUUUCUUCUCCCUCCCCACCCUCUCAUCAGCACCUAUACACGCAUUUUCUCACCUUCACACACACGAGAUAGCUAAAAAGGGGUCUGGAAUUCAGAGGAAAAAAUCUAAAUUUGAAACAGAACAAAAAUCAAAAGAAAAGCUGAGAAACUGCUUCUUCUCUCCUCUAUACACUGCUUCAAUCAUUUCUGGGGUCUCAGUUUGUUUGAGAGCUGAAAUAGAAGCUGUUGCUGUUUCUUUCUGCUGAUUUUGCUAUCACUUUGUGGUUCGAGUUUCAUCAUCUCCUUAUCAGACCUUUAUUCGGUCCUUGUUCAAGCUGUUUCGGUUUUCCAACUUAGGUUUAAGCAUCAGUCUACUGUAAGAUCUGACAAGUAAAUUGCUUCUGAUUUGGCAACAUGGCUAGUGGACCCGGACUUGAGUCUCUUGUCGAUCAAACCAUCUCAGUUAUUACAAACGAUGGGCGAAAUAUAGUGGGAGUUUUGAGAGGAUUUGACCAGGCUACAAAUUUGAUUCUCGAUGAAUCUCAUGAAAGGGUGUAUUCAACAAAGGAAGGUGUACAACAGCUUGUGUUAGGUCUUUAUAUCAUACGAGGAGACAACAUAAGUGUUGUUGGGGAAUUAGAUGAAGAGCUGGAUGCAAACUUGGAUAUGUCGAAACUAAGAGCACAUCCUUUAAAGCCAGUUGUUCAUUGAUCUGCAUCUUGGCAUGAGUUUGUAAUGUUGGCAAUGGAAUGGAUCAAACGUCGGUUACACAAGGAACUUUUGGUACAGUUUGUAGAAUUAAAUUCAGAUGUGUUGUGCACCUCUGAACACAUACUUCUAGUCUGUGAUUCACCACUGUAUGCCUUUGGUUAUGCUCUACUUUUGUGCAAGUUGCAUUUGGUACAUAGUCUUCCAGUUAUGCUCUA